AUGACUGACCAAGAGGGCUUUUAUGCUGCUCACUUCUACUUCCCACUUGCUUGCCUCCCGCCUCCUUUCACUUGGGAGAUAUGUCUCCAGCUUCCCCGCCCCCGUCUGGCCCUGUAUGAUGCAGCUAACAUGAAUGCACGAGACGACAAAACUGACGCACCGACCGGUCGACAGGGGGAGAGUGGGACAGAGGUGAGACUGGUUCGCAGGUCUCGUCAAGCCACAGCCAAAUCCGGGUCUCGGACACCGGCUAAGGCAGACGACACAAAAAAGACAGUGAAUCGAGUCUAG